AUGCUACGCAAUACAGUUCCUAAUUGGGCUCAACGAUUUUCAAGCGGGCGAGAGUCAUUGAAAGAUGAUCCUCGAGUCGGUCGUCCAAUAACCGUUGUUACUCAACAAAAUAUUGCUACUGUGAAAUGUCUGGUGGCAGAUGAUCCACAUAUUAGUAUAGAUUAUAUUGCUGACGUAUUAGACAUAUCAUGUGAGAGUAUUGAUACAAUUCUCAAACAUCGUCUUAAGCUAAGAAAAAUGUCUUCAAGUUGGGUGCCUCAUAAGCUUACUCAGCAACAACGAUAA